AUGAGAUUUGAAACUACGAUAAAAGAGGGAGAUCGUUUAACCGCGUCUAUUACUUAUUAUGAAGAUUAUGAGGAAAAUGAAAUGAAAGCUUUUCCUUGCUGUAUUUGCCGGUUUAAGGAGGGAAAAAAUAAUUUCCAUUAUGCAGAUGCUAAUCCUGAAAAAUUCACAAGAAAAAAUAUUUUUCCUUUUCAACAAUGA